AUGCGAUGAAUAUUCUCAACAAACCACAAAGAUAUUGGUACACUAUAUUUUAUUUUCGGAAUUUGAUCAGGACUUUUGGGUACCUCUUUAAGUUUAAUAAUUCGAACAGAAUUAGGUCAACCAGGAUCUCUUCUCAAUGAUGAUCAAUUAUAUAAUGUUAUUGUCACAGCCCAUGCAUUUGUAAUAAUCUUUUUCCUUGUUAUGCCCGUUAUAAUUGGAGGAUUCGGCAACUGAUUAGUUCCCUUAAUAUUAGGAGCCCCAGACAUAGCAUUUCCACGAAUAAAUAAUAUAAGUUUUUGACUUCUACCACCCUCUCUUACUUUAUUACUAUCCUCAGCUGCAGUAGAAAGAGGUGUAGGAACCGGAUGAACCGUAUACCCUCCUCUUUCAAGAAAUUUAGCUCAUAUAGGUCCAUCCGUUGAUUUAGCUAUUUUUUCACUACAUCUAGCUGGUAUCUCAUCUAUUCUUGGAGCUAUUAAUUUUAUUACAACUAUCAUUAAUAUACGAUGAGAAGGAAUACUAAUAGAACGACUCCCAUUAUUUGUAUGAUCAGUAUUUAUUACUGCAAUUUUAUUAUUACUUUCCUUACCAGUCCUUGCCGGAGCAAUUACAAUACUUUUAACUGAUCGAAAUUUUAAUACCACUUUCUUUGACCCAAGAGGAGGAGGAGACCCAAUUUUAUAUCAACACUUAUUUUGAUUCUUUGGUCACCCAGAAGUUUAUAUUUUAAUUUUACCAGGUUUUGGUAUAAUUUCCCAUAUUGUUUCACAUUAUUCUAUAAAAAAAGAAACUUUUGGAAGACUAGGCAUAAUUUAUGCAAUAUUAUCAAUUGGACUCUUAGGAUUUAUUGUUUGAGCCCAUCAUAUAUUUACAGUUGGAAUAGAUGUAGAUACACGAGCAUACUUUACAGCUGCUACAAUAAUCAUUGCAAUUCCUACAGGAAUUAAAGUCUUUAGUUGAUUAGCAACCAUUUAUGGAUCUCCUAUUAAAUAUACCCCUCCUAUGUUAUGAUCAUUAGGAUUUAUCUUCUUAUUUACUAUAGGAGGAUUAACCGGAAUUGUUUUAUCCAACUCAUCAUUAGAUAUUAUACUUCAUGAUACAUAUUAUGUAGUUGCACAUUUCCAUUACGUUUUAUCUAUAGGAGCAGUUUUUGCUCUAUUUGCAGGUUUUACUCACUGAUACCCUUUAAUUACAGGUUUAUCUUUAAACCAACAAUAUACUAAAUCCCACUUUUACAUAAUAUUUAUUGGAGUAAAUAUUACCUUUUUUCCCCAACACUUUUUAGGAUUAGCAGGUAUACCACGACGAUAUUCAGACUAUCCUGAUUCAUACACAAAAUGAAACAUACUCUCAUCUAUAGGAUCACUCUUAUCACUAACCUCAAUUAUAUUUUUCAUAUUUAUUGUAUGAGAAAGAUUAAUCUCCCAACGAACAAUUAUUUGAUCUAAUCACCUAAAUACAUCAUUAGAAUGAGAUAAUCGACUCCCAGUUGAUUUUCAUAAUCAAAUAGAAACUGGAGCUUUAUUCAUUUAA